CGUGAGGACUCCAAACGUGCACAUUGAGUGUGCAUGCCGUCUCUUCUCCCCUCGACGGACGUGGCCGUGACAGCCACGGACGACUGCAUGGUGUCCUUGGACGUCAACUCCGAUCCGUCCGCCGCUCGCCCACACGUGGAAGUCUCGACUCGUGUGCGUGCAUCCCUGCCACUGAAACGUCAACUCGCGGACAAAGGAACGAGUCAUUCCGCGUCGCCGGCAACUCGUCGGCAGUGCAUGAAGUCCUGUCGCGAGUACUUUACAAGGCACGUCACCCGUCUCCACGACCGCUUGUCCUCGCGCGCCAACACGCUCAUGCUACACCCGUACAGUCGUUUCCGCCGGUUCUGGGACAUGCUCCUCGCCUUCUCCGUCAUUUACGAAUGCUGGCUCAUUCCAUUCACGCUCGCCAUGUCGUGGUGGGUACCGUCGCACGCGAUCGAAAAGCUGCACGUGUCGCUCGACGUGUUUUUCAUCUCGGACCUCGUCCUCAACUUUCGGACAGCUGUCGUCGUGUACGGAGAGCUCAUUCAAGAUCCGCGCGACGUCGCAAUGAUCUAUUUCAAGUCUUGGUUCCUCGUCGACUUCAUCUCGGUGUUUCCGACCGACGUUGUCGUGACAGCGCUGUCCCCCGCGAAUGCUGUUUCGAGCACGAGCACGCGCGGUGUCAAACUGCUCAAAUAUGUCAAGCUGCCCAAGCUGCUUCGGCUAUCCCAGCUCGUCCGGCGGUUCCGCCGGUUUCAACGCUAUGAAGGCGCGCUUACCAUCUUUUCCGCGUUUGUCUUUUUGCUCCACAUUGCCGGAUGCGUGUGGAUCGCCUCCGUCGGCCCGUGCGACGACCCAGUGACUAAGGAGCUGGCGUCCGGUUUCUGCAGCCCAGACUCGGUGUAUCAAGUGUACGCGUUGGGACUGUAUUACGCCGUCGUGAUGCUAACGUCCAUGUCGCUCGACGUGGUGUUUGCGGCCGACAACCCUCUCUGCGGUGGCUACCGGGACACGGUGAAUGCUACAGCGCUGCCGUCGGCAAUCGUGCCCCUCCAGUCGACGCUUGUCGUGCUCAGCACGGGGUACGCUAUCGUGGGCCUCAUCAUGAAUUCCGUUGUGAUCGGGAGCUCUGUCUUUGUCGUCGAGAGCUGGAAUCGUGCGGGGUAUCAAUUCCGCAAGCGCAUCGACAUGAUCAACCACGAAAUGGAGUUCCUUCAGCUCCCUGAGCACCUUCGCCUACGAAUCAAGGCAUACCAUCAGUAUUUGUGGACCCAUCAAGGCAGCGCGACGGAGAAGGUGUCCCUGCUCCAGGACAAGGGCAUGUCCGAGCCGCUGCGCAAGGAGAUCGCUGUCUUUAUGUACCGAGACAUGCUGUCCAAGAUUCCGCUCUUUCAAACCGUGUCAGAUCAGCUGCUCGGGUUUGUCUGCUUGUGCCUGACCACCGUCAUUUUCCUUCCCCAAGACAAAAUCAUCACCCGCGGCGAAGUUGGGAAAGAUCUAUUUAUCGUCGCAAGGGGCUGUGUCAUCGUGUUGGCCGGCGAACGUAUGAGCGAGGCCACGAUGGCCAAGCUCGCGCUCAACGAGACUCGCCAGUCCUCCAUGCAGCGCGAUCCAUCGACAAGCACACGCCGGUCCGUCCCUCCCAACUCCAAGGUGUUGAAUGCGUCGCCCGUCGACAGGACCCGAAACAGCGACGACGAUGACGUAACCCACGGCGACGUCAUCCUGUGGGAAGGAUCGUUUUUUGGCGAAAUUGGGCUGCUCAUGGAAGUCGAACGGACUCGCACUGUUGUGGCAGGAUCGAUUUGCGAACUGGGGGUGCUGUCCAAGAACGAUUUCACCGCCGUCAUGAAGCAGUUCCCGUCCUUUGCCAAGGACAUCAAGCGCCUCGUUGCCGAGCGCUGCCAAGAUUCACUCCCGCGGCCAGACACAACCGCAUCGGGCCUGCCGCGUCCCAUGCAAACACCGCUCAAGAGAUCGCCGUCCAACGAGUCGGUCGCUUCGCCGUCAGCGACACCGCCUCGGCGCAGGCCAACCUUGGCCCUUCCAAAGCAACACGCCCGAUCGACAAGGAAACCUCCAUCGUCGUUGUCCCGACCGUCCACUUUGUUGCGGCAAAAGUCUCUAUCCACUGCAAUGUUCUCACGCAGCGAUCAGUCGGGUGGGACUUGCUGCACCAAAGAAGAUAUGGAACAGCUAGACGCCAAGCUCGACCGCGUCGAGGCACUCCUCCAAGAACUUUUGGCAAGAUCCGACCUAGCGCAGUUCGCGAGUCAGGCGUAAUCUCGCGGUAGCAACGCGACACCAAAACACUCGCACUAACCACGUUGUCGCCUUGAGCCAGAGAGUACGUAGCUCGGGCGAUCUCGUCGGCUGGUGUAUUUUUCCAAGCAGCACAUUCAUGUUGAAUGCAACCAGACCAUCAGAACGACGACAUCGGACGUGCGAGCGAGCAAGCCAUUCCUCGGCGAUGUGGUCAUUCCGGCCGCCACCACGACAGUGUCCGUCGCGAAUGGAUGGUAAAGAUCGAAUGAAUCCCCAGGGGCAGUCUUUACACAAUCUCAUCGCUACAU